AUGAUAAAUCUAGACAGGGUAAUACGCCCCGAUUCAAGUGCUAAGAUUCUGAGCAGACAAAGGAGCUUACAGUCUAGAAGUGGUUCAUUUUCAGACAGUCCUAUGCCAACCAGCCCAACUAUUUCUCGCGGACCAUCAGUUAGCAGGUCUAACUUGGAGUCAGAACAAGGGUCUGACAAGAACAAAUUUGCCUCAGGGUUGAAGAAACUGGGCCGUGUGGCGACUAUGAAAAGAAAUUCCAAUUCAGGAUCCGAUAAUAGUGAUUUCAAGGCGGAUUUCACUGCCGUACGGUAUGACGAGACACAAAGCGGGAAGACACCCAUUGAGAUCGAAAAGCUGUCGCAAUUGAAGAGUUACACUUUGGAAAGUGGCCCUAAUACCAGUAUCACUCCUAUGAGCCCGUUGGAUCAGGCUCCUUCUCCUUCUCAUGUGACUCUGUCACAGAAAAAUGUCAUCGCGGUUGGACUCGGACUGGCAGGGAGAGGACUUGGUGAGAAGCGGAGCAGUGUUGAUACGCAGAGACUAGCGGCACAGUCCAGUGCUAGUAACUCUUCGACGCACUCUCUUCAAUACAGUGAUGAUUUUAUGCCUGGACCUAAGGGACUACGAAGAAAGUCAUCUACUAAGCAAGGACCUACUAGCCCGUUGGAGCCAGACACCGCUGCUCUUUCUUCUCCUCUCUCAAGUCCCACCAGGUCAUACAGCGAUAUGGGUCAUAAUCCAUUUUCAGCUGUCGUUCCUAGCGAGGAUCAGAUAAAUUUGCGGUUUAAUGCUCUUCUGGAGCAGGAAAAAUUCUCUACAGCAGAGAAAAGAAGAUUGCAAAUGCUAGCCACGGAUAUGAAAUGGAGGUACAUAUGUAAGGACAUGGAUAAGACUUCCCUGAGGAGGACUUUGACGACUGAAAUAGUCUAUUCAGCCCCACCAGCAACGAAAAGGAUGAGCUCGUUCAAUAAAGGUAUUGAAUCACCAGAGUGGUUUUUGAAGCAACUUCUUACGGAAAGAGUUUUGACCAAACAUUUGCAGAAGCUCGAGAAGCAACUGGCCAGCCAAUCUCCAGGGUGGACUUCUCACUUUAUAAAUCUUCAAGGAUUGGAUCUUCUGUCGAAUUUGCUGGUCAAGAUCAACCGCAGGACUAUCAAAUCAAAUCUUCAGCUGGACCAAGAGCCAAAAAUUGUUUAUUCUUUGCUGACGAGCUUAUUAUCCUCGAGAACUGCAACCAAGAGCCUCGCAACGAAAGUGAUCGCGAUAAUCAGCAUUCAAGAGCGUCCGAAAGGCAGCGAUGCAAUUUUAAAUGGAAUGAAAAUACUUCAGACAAGAUUCGGCACCACUUACCGGUUUAAGACAUGGUUGAGCUCAGUGGAAGAGGUUCUUGACUCUGUUUCUCUGACUGCAACUUCAGAACCAGCCUCAGAUCUCAAAAGCUAUCACCCUCUAGAAGAGCUUAGAGACUAUUGUCUGGUUACGGUUUUUAUUUUCGUGUCUCUGCUCAUGAAUCGGGAUGUCACAGAGAGGAUAAAAUUGAGACAGGAGUUUGAAGAUGCAGGGCUACUUCAGGUUUUUGAAAGGAUGCAGACCUUGAAGUAUGAUGUUCUCAGCGACGAGAUCGAAAGAUACAAUUCUGCUGCGGAAGAGGACGUCCGAGACAUGAUGGACGAGGAAUCUUUUGCGUCAGAUGUAGACCUGAGUGAUGUUAUUGAUGAGAUCAAUUACUCCACUGAAGCGGAAGAGAAAGCUUGCAUUAUGCGGAUCCUGAGGAAUCUUCUAUUUUUGAAGCAGAACAAAGCUGAGGAAGAUAUUUUGAAGUACUACAAGGCCAUUGACACUUUGGUACAGUAUGUGUCUACUCAAUCGUCCCUCCAUAACAGUGGAACUGACCACUAUUUGAACAUGGCCAUUCACAGACUGAUCGACAGAUUGGGCUCUGAUGAUAUUGCAAGACGAGCAAUUCUAGAGACCAAGGAACUGGCAUCCCAAGUGAGAUCACUUCAAAGAGAAAAUGAGCUCCUCCGAAGAUCUUCCCCUAGAGCCCCCAACCUGAUCAUACCUUCGGACAACCUGAAGCCCAACGCGACCAUACCCUAUAACAACCUGAAUCCACAAAAAUUCAAAAAACGUUCUGAACCAACUUACCCUGACUUGAGUGCAAAGAACCCUAUGAAAAAGAAAGACCUCUCUAAGAAGAUUCCUUCAGCCCACAAAAGGAAGCAUCACUCUGGUGGUGUGGCAGGUGAGAUUGAGGCAUGGUGGGAGUCUAUGGGCGAAGGUCUCACUCGCAAAGCUGAUAAUUCUUACCUUGAUGACGUUCCCAUAACACGUCCAUAUCCUUCCCUUCAAAUCCCACACAAUUCAAAUUACUUUGAGCCUUAUGAGAACUAUGAGAUAGGUCCCAUGGACUUGUUAAACACCUCUGGUCGCAAUGUAUCCUUGGGAAGUGCGGAUUCGGGAACAGGCGUCGAUGAAGCACUGUCAUCAACUUCAAACAGAGCCACUGUGGGUAGUGGAAGUGGUUCUGGAACUGGCAUUGGUUCUGGAAACGGUUCUGGAAAUGGUUCUGGAAAUGGUUCUGGAAAUGGUUCUGGAAAUGGUGUUGUUAACAGUUUUGGCAUCGGUUCUGGCUCUGGUAGAGGUUCAGGCAAUGGUACGGGCAAUGGUUCAGGCACCGGAAAUGGAUCUGGUAACGGGUCUGGUAACGGUGGUGGGGGCACUGAUGGUGUUAGUGGAGCAGUUAUAGCACCAUCGGCACCUCCACCCAUUCCAAGUUUCCUUGAAAAACGAGCUAUUGCCUCUAUACCCCCACCACCACCUCCACCACCUCCACCACCUGUUCCUUCUUUUCUCGAAAAAAAUCAAGUGGCUAUUACUACCUCUGUUCCCCCUCCUCCACCGCCAAUACCAGUAUUUCUUGAAAUAUCUGGACCUCCACCUCCUCCUCCAGUUCCUGGAUUUCUUGAGAAAGCCAAUGGAGGACCUCCUCCGCCACCACCACCUGUUCCUGGGUUUCUCAAAAAGUCUGAUGAUUUACCACCCCCUCCGCCACCGGUGCCGUCAUUUUUGGAUGCCGCUACACUUCCGGAACCGUUUGUGCCCGAGUCAGAUGAUGCUGAUGUUGAGCCUGAACCAACAUUUGUAUAUCCUAAGCCUCGUCAAAAAUUGAAGCAGAUACACUGGGAUAGACUGGAGGACAUCGACCAAACUUUUUGGAAGAACCUCCGAGAUGAGGAUGUCAACACCAAGCUGUUGCAUAAAGGCAUUCUAGAUGAUGUGGAGUUUCAUUUCCCUGUCAGAGAGUUUAAGGUGGCUACCAGACCUACCACAGAAGUCAAACCCACAAAGAUCUCAUUCUUAUCUAGAGACAUUGCUCAGCAGUUUGGUAUCAACCUCCACAGUUUCUCAAACCUGAGUGAAGAAGAACUUGUUCUGGCCGUCUUACACUGCGAUCCACGCAUCAUGGAGAGCAUGAAUAUUCUAGAGUUCUUUGCCAAAGACGAACUGGCAGAUAUCUCACCAACUUUGAGAAGAAAUUUUGCACCAUAUGCCACAGAUUUCAGCAAGCCUGACUCCAAACCCCAGAAGGAUCCAGAGGAAUUGGAAAGGGCAGACCGGUUGUUCCUCCAUUUGUGUUUCAAUCUUAAUAGUUACUGGAAGUCUCGGUCUCGUGUGUUAUUAGUUGUCAAUACCUAUGAGAAGGACUGUCUUGAUCUGAUGAAGAAACUAUCGGUGAUAGACGAGGCGUGUGAAAGUAUCAAAAAGUCCACCUCGCUGAUUGAAGUUUUAAAUGUGAUCAAGAUGGUGGGAAACUUCAUGAAUGACGAUAGCAAGAGGGCACAGGGGUUCAGACUGGCAACUUUGCAGAGAUUGAAAUUCAUGAAGGACUCAAAGAACACAAUGACGUUUUUGCAUUAUGUCGAGAAGUUGGUAAGGAAUCAUUUCCCCGAUUUGGGUGAGUUUGUGGACGAUCUGAGAACUUUGAAUUCAGUCUCGAACAUGUCAGUUGAACAGGUCGAUGCUGAAUGUGUUGACUUCGAGAGGCAAAUCGACAACAGUCUUUCGUCCUUAGAACGCGGAAAUCUGAAGGACAGUUCAAAAUUUCAUCCUGAAGAUAAGGUGAUCGAUGCCAUAGAGGCUCCCCUGCAAAAGGCGAAGAACAAAACAAAGCUUCUGCGCUCUCAUCUGACUCGCACCAUGAAAAACUACGAUAACCUGAUGAUAUACUUUGGAGAGGACCCAGAGGAUCCGGUUGCGAAAAACACCUUUUUUAACAAGUUUUUAGUCUUCGCUGAGGAGUUCAAAAAGGUUCACCUGGAAAACAUUCACAGAGAGGAAGAAGAGCGUGCUUAUGAGGUCAGAAAGCGCAUGAUAGAGAGUUUCAAGCCGGGUGCUAGUCCAAGAAAGAAGACUGCAGAAGGCGACGAUGAAGAUGUCGCUGAGGUUGGCUCUAGUCAAUCUUCGCAGACAGAGGUGAUAAAUGUUCUUCUGGAGAGACUCAAAAGCUCCGGAAGGGACAGAAAACAGAAAAAGUCACCUAGCGUACCUUCUUCUCCUGUAAAUGCAGACGACUCUGUCACUGAGCAGGCAAGGAGGAUGCUUCACGAGCUUAAUGUUGAUCCAGCAUUGUCAAACAGACAGUCUCCCACGGAGAUUUCGGUAGAGCGGGAAUCGGAGCCCGAUAUGAUGGAAACCAACAGUCUCAUAUCUGGAGCAUUUGCGGAUUCUGUCUCUAGCAAGUCUGCUAUCCUGUCGUUGUAUGAUGACGUGGAUACUUCUCCUUUGAACCUGCAGAAAGGUUUAGCAGAGGACGAGGUAACUGACCCAAACAAGGAAGAGGCCGACGAUGAGGAAUACGAAGAAGAUGAGGUAGAUGAAGACGAAGAAGAUGAAGAAGAGGACGAAGACUUCGUUGACGCAGAAGAGGCGGGAUUAUGA